AGACUGUCUGGAACAAAUCCCGUUUUAAGCUAGACCAGAAGAAGAACUUCCUGUGACCCUGCAUGUACCGGCAUGUACCCCAGACAGCGCUGUGCCAACACCCCACAGACAGGGCUCCUGGCUGAGUCAUGCCCUGACAAGCAGAUGCAGGCAUGGCGUCUGGGAACUGGGCUGAGGGCCUGGUCAGUGGUCUUCACCCCACUGGCUCUGCAGAGCCCUCUUCCGGCCAAGGCUACCUCUGGGUGGGUCAUGGAGGCCCCUGCCCUGGGGAAGUGCUCCAGGUUGCCCUUAGAUCCAGAUACCAUUAGGCUCAGGAACAGCCCAUUAACCAGCAGAAGCCAGGGCAGUAGUCUCUGGGCAUUGGCUGGAGGAAGGCUGGCCUCUUCGGGGAGCCCAUGCCCACCUGCACCAACCCUGAGGCCAGGAAGCCUGGGGUAGAGGCAAAGGCAGGACAUGGGUUCCAUUCUGUCUCUACCUGGGGCUGUGCUCACCUUCUCCCAGCCAGCUCUCCUCUGCCUUCUUUGUGCUGGGCUGGGGGUUCAGUGAGCCUGGGGGUGUGUAAAACUCCCGCAGAGUGUCCAGCGCCCAGCAGGUCUCAUUACUGGGAGUGGCCCCUGAGUCUCCCUGCCCCUCAGAGGAAGCUCCUAGGACAGGACCCCGGCUCCUCCUUCUAGUUUCCCCAGCACAGGUCUCCUGAAUCCUUCACAUCUCCAAUAGAAGCCGCUUUGCCAGUGCCAGAGAUGGGUCACUGACAUCCCAGGGCAACACCAGGUGGACUAGGCUGCACAGACAGACCGUGUGACAUGGUAAAAAGGGUCAGAAGACUGAGGUCUGAAUUUCACUGGGCCCUUGGGAAAGACGCCUGUCCUCCCUGAGCCUGUCUCUCAGACUUUAAAAUGGGAAUCAACUUGGCUAGUCCUCUUCAACCGCCCUGCCCGUGACCCUGACGCAUGGCAAUGGCAAGCCAACUAUCAGCAAGAUGCGCCCCAUUCCCGCCGCAGACUUCCCUCCACCUUCCCGGAACCCCUCUGCUCACUAGGGCCAGGUGCACGCGACUUCUUGGCCCGCUUGUUCCUCCCGCGCAUCUGCCGGCCCUCGUCAGGGAGGGGCAGCGAUCGGCCCUCUAAGAGCGGGUCUUUUGGCCAGCAGCUCAGUCCUGUCACCGUCCUGCGUCCCAAUCUGCCGCCGCCGCAUCCUGAGCGGGCUGGGGCCUGGGGUCUCCGAGCGGGCGCGUCCGGCUAGUCACUGAGGCUCGGAGUCGCGCCGCGGCGCCCGUAGGUGCCGGCGAGUCCCGGGUGGAGCAGUGGUUCAAGCGGGGCGGGGCCUCUGGGCUGGGCGGGGCAGCCCGCCCUAGCACUGGUCCCUCCCGGCUCCCAGAAGACUGGGCAGUGGGGCGCAGAGCAGAAGCCGGGCGCAAGCGGACUGAGCGCGGCGCGGGCGGGGAUGUGCGCCCUCCUGCAGCCCCCGCUCCCAGGCCUGGGAGCGGUGUGGCCCCAUGGCAGGUAGCGGCGGCCUGGGCGGCGGGGCAGGAGGCAGCCAGGGAGCCGGGGGCGGGCCUGGGGCCACGCUUCGGGCGCCCCGUGCGCCUCUGCUGUUCGCCGCUCUGGUGCUCGGAGCCUACUGCCUUUGCGCUCUUCCCGGACGCUGCCCGCCGGCCGGCCGCAUCCCCGUGCCAGCCCCCGCGCCCGCCGAGCCGCCCUGCGCAGCCCGCAGCCCCGGAACGUCCGGCCUGCCGGUGGCCAGUGGCUCGGGCCGCCGGCGCUUCCCGCAGGCGCUUAUCGUGGGCGUGAAGAAGGGCGGCACGCGCGCCCUGCUGGAGUUUCUGCGGCUGCACCCCGACGUCCGCGCACUCGGCUCGGAGCCCCACUUCUUCGACAGGUGCUACGAGCGCGGCCUCGCCUGGUACCGGAGCCUGAUGCCCCGCACCCUGGAUGGGCAGAUCACCAUGGAGAAGACCCCCAGCUAUUUUGUGACCCGGGAGGCCCCACGCCGCAUCCACGGCAUGUCCCCGGCCACGAAGCUAAUCGUGGUUGUGCGGAACCCUGUGACCCGGGCCAUCUCUGACUAUGCGCAGAUGCUCUCCAAGACACCGGGCCUGCCCAGCUUCGGCACCCUGGCCUUCCGCCGAGGCCUGGGCCCCGUGGACACGGCCUGGAGUGCCGUGCGCAUCGGCCUGUACGCCCAGCACCUGGACAACUGGCUGCGUUACUUCCCGUUGUCCCACUUCCUCUUUGUUAGUGGCGAGCGCCUGGUCAGCGACCCAGCUGGGGAGCUGGGCCACGUGCAGGACUUCUUGGGUCUCAAGCGGGUCGUCACAGACAAGCACUUCUACUUCAACGCCACCAAGGGCUUCCCCUGCCUCAAGAAGGCCCAGGGCAGCGGCCGUCCCCGCUGCCUGGGCAAGUCCAAGGGCCGGCCCCACCCGCGUGUGCCUGAGGCCAUGGUCCAGCGCCUGCGGGCCUUCUACCGACCCUUUAAUCGCAAGUUCUACCAAAUGACCGGCCAGGACUUCGGCUGGGACUAAUGGGGCUGGGGAACCCACGCCCUGCCUGGGGACGCUCAGUGACCUUAAUUUAUGCCUGUCACCCAGCCGGAGCAGGCCCUGUACACAGGGCUGGGCAGAGAGAAAUAUUUACAAAAUAAAGUUUGGAUCUGUGUUCUUCUACGUGCCCUUGAGGGUUGGAGGGUGGGGUUGGAGGUGCCACCUCCUGCGGGGAUGAUAAUCCUACCAGCUAACAUUACUGGGCACUGUUCAUGCUGGGAGUGGUUAAAAACCCAAUCCUUGUCUAUCCCUCGAGGUGGGCAGUGAACUUGGCCAUCUGUCACAAGUGAGCAACUUAGGCUCAGAGAGGUUUGGGGCCUGCUCAGUGACAUACAGCUCAGCCCUGGUGACUCUGGAGACCACCCUCAGGCUCUCUUCUCAGCCCUGGGAUGCCAAGCUGGGUUGUCCCAUAUUCCAAAUGGGGAAACUGAGGGCCCAGGUUGCUUGAGUGGUGGGGCAGGAUUAAAGCUGUGUCUGUCCGGUUCUUCAGGCUGCACCCGUGACCUCAGCUAAUUCUGUGUACCUGUGCCCACUGAACACUCCCUCCUGGAAACCUGGUGGAAUCUCUGGACAGUGGGUAUGAGGUGACUCCCGUGUGCAGGAUGUUUCUUUCUUUUUUUUUUAAUUAAUUAAUUAGUUAAUUAUU